AUGGCGGCUAGCGACCAGAAUGACGAUAGCCAGGACACCGGCAACAUGCCCGACCUGGGCGAUGCCAUUGACAUCGUCACAUUUGGCCAGAUUCUAGAGAUGGAUGACAGCGAAGAAGAUCGUGAAUUCUCCAAGUCCAUCGUUUUCGGUUUCUUUGAGCAAGCUGAGGAGACAUUUGAGAGCAUGGACACAGCCUUGGAAGAGAAGAACCUUGACGAGUUGUAUAAGCUCGGUCACUUCUUGAAAGGCUCCUCAGCUACACUUGGUUUGACCAAGGUUAAGGACAGCUGUGAGAAGAUACAGCGAUAUGGGAAGAAGGAGAAUGAGGACGGCACCCCGGAACCCGACGAAGCGCUCUGCCUCCGCAGAAUCACCGACACGCUUGCUACAGUCAAGACGGAGUACUCAGAAGUCGAAAAGAUCCUCAAGAAGUUCUUCGAUUCUGCCUAG